GCACUGUAUAAGGUUUCCCAAGAUGUACUACAUGGUAUUGUACUUUGCCGUAGUGCUUUCAGACGUAAAAAAACAUCAUUUCGGCGAUAGUUCCGGGGUGCUUUGCUUUUGGCUCCUCCUCUUGUCCAGGGCCGGAAGUCUCAGUACAUGGCCUGGACGAUCAAUCUGCCCACCCUCGCGCAGAAGAAACGUACCGAAACAAUCCCCGCCCCCGCUGAUCCUGGAGUCCUUGUACGAGGAUGAGCGGCUGGCUGGCUGGAACCAAGGAUAAAGUGGGAAGACACGAGUCAAGUGGCAUCAACAGGGACAAAAGCACCGACGAUUCUGGAUUUGAAGCAGGGAGGGUUUCCGGACUUUCCGUGUUUCCCGGCCCAGUGCCGCCGCCAUUUCUCUUCUUGAGC